AUGGCCUCAGCUUGGGUUGGCAAUCGAGGAACAAUCCAGGAUGCUUCAGGUUUUAAUCCGGCGAGAGAUGCUGAGGCCAUUCGGAAAGCCAUUAGGGGAAUGGGAACAGAUGAGAAAACUCUGAUCGACAUCCUUACGAGCAGGUCGAGUGCUCAGCGACAGAUGAUUGUGGCGGAGUACAAGGCAGCGGCGGGGAAGGAUCUGAAAGAUGCGUUGAAGGGUGAUCUGACAGGCCAUUUGGAGCACGUUAUGGUGGCUCUUGUGACUCCUCCAGCGGUUUUUGAUGCUCAACAGCUGAAGAAAGCCAUGAAGGGUUCUGGGACCGAAGAGAAGACGCUGAUCGAAAUCCUCGCUUCCAGGAGCAACAGGCAAAUGAAGGAAGUCGCCCAGGCAUAUUAUACAAAGUAUAAGAAGAGCCUCGGCGACGACAUCAGCUCUGAUACGUCUGGUAACUUCCGACAAGCCCUGGUGUCCCUGGCAGGUAGCCGAAGAAAUGAAAGCCCAAUUGUGGACGCCCAUCUUGCCAAGAAUGAUGCACAGAUCCUCUACAAUGCCGGUGAGAAGAAGUGGGGCACAGAUGAAGACAAAUUCAUACAGAUCCUGUGCUUUAGCAGUAUGCCACAGCUAAGAAACACCUUUAAGGAAUACCACAAACUCUGCGGGAAGGACAUCGAGGACAGCAUAAGGAGUGAGAUGUCGGGGCACUUUGAGGAGUUGCUGCUGGCUAUCGUUAAAUGCGCGAAAAACACUCCCGUCUUCUUUGCUGAAAAGCUGCGUGGGGCUUUGAGGGGGGCUGGGACAGACGAAUUUACACUGAACAGAAUCAUGGUAUUCAGAUCAGAAAUUGACCUUUUGGACAUCCGAGCUGAAUAUAAGAAGCUGUAUGGACAUUCCUUGUAUUCUGCUAUUAAAUCGGACACCUCUGGGGAUUACAGGAUCACGUUGCUCCGGAUUUGUGGAGGAGACGACUGA